CAGCCAGUCACGCAGUUCAGUCAGUGAGUCAAUGUGACUUAGCAGCUGCUCUCUUGUGUUUUGGAGAAAGCUUGGUGUAUAAUUUAUUUUUUCUAAAUCAUCUCAGCGCACGUUAUCUUCUCCAGGUGUAGUGAGGCUGUUAAUUACCACCUGGUCGUAGUGAUAAUACUUAAUAAUAAUCCAUUCGCCUUCCUCCAUUCCUCGCUCUCGACGGACCAUUCCCAUUUCCGAAUAGUCCUCCUCCAUUUCCUCCCCCUUUCCCUAUCCCUUCCUCAUCUGCAUUACCCAAGCAAGAUGAUUGAGAUCAAGGGCCGCGUCGUCGUCUACAGCAUCCAGGGCUGCCCUCAUUGCAAAGCGGCCAAAAAGACUUUGAAGGACCAAGGGGUUAACUUUUUCGAUGUCUCGGUCGACAGGUUCCCGGCCGUCAGGACCUGGCUGCAGGAAAAAACAGGGAAGACAAGCGUGCCGCAGAUAUUCUUUAACGAGACUUAUGUGGGAGGAAAUGCCGAGCUGCAGGACAUCCUAAGAGACGAGAAGGAGUGGCAGAAGCUACUGACAGACAUCCAGGAGAAUAAAGCCAAGGAGGACGAGCUCAUUAUCCCUCACCCUUCAGAGGCCGUUGAGAUAGAAGAGGAUGUAGCUGCAACAUUUACCUGUGAAGAUGAUCCUGCGGCUGCCAUCUUUGAGGACCUAAAGACCUCUGGGGUUCCGCACGACCAACGCGUGUCAUUCUUUUCCACGGCCAAGGAUGCAUUCUCGGGACAAGAUUUUGUAAAAUGGAUUAUGGAAAACAAGAACAUGACUGAAGAGGAAGCUGUAAAAACAGGAUCAGAAUUGCUUGAGAAGAAAUACAUCAAAGGGGUCCAAGACAACACCACAUCUUUCUCAAAUGAUGCUAAAGUCAUAUACAGGUUGACAGAUGUCCGAGAGUCCACAGCACUUAAUGGUGGACCGACACAAAACUGCUUGAUUGAGAAUGCCAAUGAUUUCUCAGAAACACUUAGGAAGUUGAUUAUUCGUCUCUACAAUGACCACAUAUCAACAAGUGGCAAGUCUGUUAACUACAAAGCCAUGAAAGGCACCAGUGACUAUAAAGAAUACACCAAGUUGUCUCGAGAACUGCAACGCGUCCCUGUGGAGAAGCUGGACCAGGACGGCAGGAAGGCCUUCUUCAUCAACAUCUAUAAUGCUUUGGUCAUCCACUCCACCGUUGAAAAUGGACCUCCGACCAACUGGCUCUCCAGGCUGAAGUUCUUCGAUAAAACAUCCUACAUCAUUGGCGGACACAGUUAUAGUCUCAAUGAAAUUGAAAACGGAGUCCUAAGAGCAAAUAAACGAGGCCUGGUCCAGCUGUUCGCACCUUUUGGCAAGAAUGACCCUCGUCGCAAUAUCAGUCUCAUUCAGGUGGAUCCUAGAAUUCACUUUGCCCUUAACUGUGGUGCAAAGAGUUGCCCUCCCAUAAAAAUAUUUAGUGGAAAGAACAUCAACGAUGAACUACGUAUCGCUACCGAAGCCUACUUGGAGACUGAUGAAGCCUUAAAAGUGGAGGAGGACCGAGGUGUCGUCCACCUGUCGUCACUCUUGCGCUGGUACUCCUCUGACUUUGGGGACACCACUGAAGACAUCUUAAACUGGGUCCACCGCAAUGUGGCUUUCCCGGAAAAGAAGGAAGCUCUCCAGAGGGUAAUUGAGUCGAAGAAGUGGAAAGUGCAGUACAUCCCUUAUGAAUGGGGAACAAAUGAAAAUGAUGUCUAAAGAGGGUCUCUGCUUGAUGGUGCUCUUUGCUGUGUUUUGGGUUUGGUGUCUGAUAUUUUUCUUGUUUUGUUGUUGUUGUUGUUUCUGUGUUUGUUUGUCUUAGUUUUAGUUUUACCCAUAAGGUCACCUCUGGUAUAUACUCACAUUUUGUGUUGGGGAUAUGGUACCUUGUCUUUCUUGUUUUUUACAUGUGUAAGAAGAAAAGUUUUCACAUACAGAUACUUUUUAUUCUUGAAAUUGUUGUAUUUGAUUCAAUAGUUAAUCACAGUAGCAAGUCCUAUUGACAUUUAAUUCCCAAAUCUUCAGUAGUUUGGGUAAAUACCAGUGCUAUUCAUCAAAUUCCUUUUCAUGGGGUUGGUAUUGCCUCACUUUGCUCAUUCCAUAAGCUAUGGCAAUUGUCAGAAUAUUAUCAAGGCAAAAUGUAGUUAGGCCUUCACUUUGAACAAAUAGAUGAAAACACUAUUAUGUGAAGAUGCAAGAAGAAAAAAAUAUUAGUAAUAAUGAAUCGAGAAUGUCUUCAGCUUGCUUUUUAACAUACUUGUUAUAUGUGAAAUUAUAUAAAAAGGGAAAUAAUUGCACAACUAACGUUAACAAUAGGCACUUUUUCUCCUGAGGCAGAUACAUUCAUAAAAGCCAAGUAAGUGUGCAUAAAUUUACUUGCAUUAUUAACAGUGGUGUAACCAUGGGAGGGAGUGGCACAAAGUUUAUGAUUUUUAACGCAUAUUUAAAUUAGAACAGUUUGCCAGUAUCUUCUAAAAAUCAUUACUUAAGCACAAAGGUCAACAUUAUGGUCAUUUGAGGUAAAGUAGAAGCGUCAAUGCUCGUGUAGAGUGAUGCUGGAUACAAUACUCUGACUUGAUACAUGUAAGAUACCUCUGCAUGGCAACAUUAUUUAUUGCUAUUUUCCAUAAUCUCAUUCACUAUCUAGGAGUUAAGCAGUUUUUGUGCUAUGAUACUUUUUUUUCUUGUUUCCUCCUGAUGCAUGAGAAGUAUUAGUAUGGAAAUCAUCAGUGGAGUGAAACAUUAAAAAGAAAAUACAUGUACUCUUUACAUGUAUUGGGGUGCUAAGACUGUGAUCUUUUAUAGUAUUAAUGUUGUAUACGCAUCAAAGCUUCCAUCAGAUUUCUUUCUUUCUUUCUUAAUUCAUCAGUGACAGUAUUAGAAAUCUCUCGGCAUCUUAGACUCCAGUGAUUUCUGGAAACCGUCCUGCAGUGGGAGGGGAAGUCCACACUUGUAGCGGAACUUCCCACUCGACACACUCUAGCUCAUCGCCACACAUAUAGCCAUACCCGGUAGAUCAAGUGGUUUGUUAUGACAGCUAUACACAUGACCCGGCAGUAACGGGUUAAGGGCACAGAAGUGGCUUAGUUUUUUAAAUUUACUAAAAAGAAAGUAUUGUGGUUUAACUUUGAUCUCAUUGCUUCAUUCUCAUACAUGAAAAUCUGAGUAUUGGGCUUACUUUUGUGGUGUGCAGUUUGUAGGCCUGGCCCACACUCACAUUCAUGCCUGUUAUUAAGAUUGUUUACCUCCGCUUUGCAUGUUUUUCUGCAGAUAUGUUCUUCCUGUUUUCUCAUUUUCCGAGGUCUAUAUUUGUUAUGCUGUAUAAAGCUGGUGGUAAUAGAAAAAAUUUAUUGAACAAUAUCCAUAUUAUCCGUCCAAGUAUUUUACACUGAUUGCAAUAACAGUAACAUGUAACCUUGUUAUUUGCAUUAUUUAAAAAUAUUUUUGUAAUGUCUAAUAUUCAGUGAUAGAACCUGCACUGCCAUUAAUGGCAGGCAAGAAUUGCGAGUGAAUGUUAUACCAUCCGUGGAAACGGCCAUGGCUCACAGAUGGUGCACUCCACCCACGUGGAGCGUACCCUCAUGAAUUGAUGAAAUGUAGCAAUCCCAUCCUGAAAGCCAGCGAGGUCAGUCUCCCUCCAAAUGCUUUGCACAUUCAUGAUGAAAGAUCCCCUAUCCAAAUUUUUGCAUAGAAACAUAUUACUGUCACCUGCCCCUAGACUAAACCUUUUCAUGAUGGGACCCCCCCCCCCCCCCCUCACCAGGAUCUAACAGGCUAAUGGGUUAAAUCAGGUACAUUCUAAUAACUUAUCAAUACUUUUAUUGCAUGUGAGUGUAAAAACUGUAUAUUAUUGCAGUGACUCACAGCUCUCAUCCUCUCCACAGAUCUUACGAGAAUUUCCACAGUUUUUAUAUACUUGCAUGUUUUUUUAAUAGAAAUAAGUUUAGGAGAUUUCUUUUUUUCCCUCGUGUGUUAACUGAGCUGCUUGUCUCCCCGUAAUGGUGAGAGCUUUUGUCUCUGCUUGUAUUAUUUGCUUAUUCGUUGUAAAUAUUUAUUAUGUAAUUAAAAUAUGUUUGUCUUUGUGGAUGAAUGAUUUUAAGAAUUACGACAAUAAUCAGCUUCUGUCACGCAAUCAGUGCAAUUAUAAUGUUACAUAAAUAUUUUCUGAGAGUUAGGAACCACAUAGUGCACCAUAUUUAUUUUCCAGUAGUUGAGCAAGUAACUUAGGAAUAACGACGUUUUGCUGCAAUUGCUCUUCUGGACACAGAUUAUCAUGCACAUGUAUAAACGAUGUUAGAAAGCUGCUUAGAAAUUCCAUGAAAGUCUUAGCAGCAUAAUAAUAACAUGUGAAUCUAUUUGGUUUACAAAAUGCAUAGUAAUGCACAAAGCCACCAUAGAGAGCUGGUAAUGAAGUUCCUGUAUGAUUUUUCAUUGCAGCACACCAUUUGAUUCUUUACUUUAUAAAAGAAUGACAUGUUCUGUACUUUGAAUUUUUUCAUAAUUUAUAAUUUUCAUUCAUCCAACUGUAAUGCAUGUGUAUAAAUUCCUUGCACAUUCUGCUUAUUAGUCUAGAAACUGGAGAUAUGCCACUAUGAACACAAAUACAAAGACAGGUAUGUGCACACAAAGACAAUAGGAAACACAACUGCACUAAAAAUUGAAAAAGAGCACUUUUCAAACUCCCCAGAAGUUCCUCAUCAGAGGAAUCAGUUAAGUUUAUAUAUUUUGACCAUCUGAUGAACAUUACGUUCAUUUUUAAUUUUUAUUGUGGCUGUUUCCAUUCAUAUGCUAAUAUCAAGGCAUUGGGCAAUUGUUAUAUUAAAAUGAAUGCCUAUCUUUUAACUGAUACUGAAAUCAAUAUUCUUUUUCUAUCCAGUGGCCAAUGCUUUGCUUUCCAAGUAUACAUUUGUUUAUGUUUUGUAACUAAAAAGUAUAAAGCUCUUUUAUGUAAUAUAGAAAUUGGGGAAGUUAAAAAUACAAAAUUUGUGGAUGAAAUUAAAGGGCUCAUCUGAGUCACUGAUUGCUGAGUAGAGUAUCAAUGAUGUUAGCUAUCUUUGGGAAUAACAUAUCAAUAAUGUGCCUAUUUCCAGGAGAGCUUGACUUUGCUCUAAAAUAGAAAAGUUUCAGAAUGUCAGUCAUAGCUUCACCUUACUGAUGUUGAAACUAGUUCAAAUUAAAAAAAAAAAAAAAAUCACUAAAACCAUCCAGGUCUGCCCAUACUAAUGCCAUUACUAUCAAUUAAAUUUUCAUAAAAAACCCAAGGAAAUUUAAAACUAUUCCCUAUCUUAAAAUAAUAAUAAAAUUUAUGCUAGACAUGAAGCAAGAUGACCAGGUGAAGAAACUUUGUGUUUAUCUUUUUAUAGUUAUCUUUUUUUUAUAGUUAUAGUUAAUCUUUUAUUCCUUAUUGGAAGUCUUUGGUAAGUGUUAAAUGCCUUUUAGACUUUUCAUAAAUUGUAAUUAUGUACCAUUUUAUGCCAUUUAGAGGAAAAAAAGAAAAAUGUCAAUCCAGUAUGUCCAAGGAGAUUAUAAAAGAAAUUGAUGUAUAUAUUAUAUUUUUGUAUCUUCUGGAGAAGUGGUUUUCAGUAGGAUUUUGAUUUUUGUGUGUGCAUUUUUACUUUAAUAAAAUGUUAAAAGCAUUUGCUAUGAAAAAUUGUCAUCCUUUACUAAUAAACAUACCGUGAUAUGACAGUUUCUUUAAAACAAAUCAACAAUCAAGCACUAUGCAGAAUUCUUGCAUUUUCAUUUUCUUUCUUGAUUCAGUUAUCAGCCAUAUUCUCACAAAUUCAAGUGCUCUUAGCUAUAUGCUUAUUCCUUAAUUCACAAGUAUAUGCAUAAGUGUAGAAAUGCACACAAAAUAUGUAUGAAAGUAAUUUCAAAGAAUUGUUACAAUAUAUAGUUCCAAGUCAUUUUUCAAAUACUGCAUCAUAUCAGCACAUACUACAGUUUAUAUACAGAAUAUUAAAAUAUCUGUCAGUAACAAUUAGAAGUUCUAUCUCUAUAGUCUAAGGUCAUUGUAAACAUUGUUUUUGAAAGUACGGUCCACAUAAACUGGGUCUUACUUUUGAGUGAACUGCCAUGGAAUUGUUUUCCCUCCCAUAAUGGUUGUAGUUUUUUUUUUCGAGAUCUAAUCCCAAAAGCAAUUUUUAAUUUUGUGUGAAAUUUCCUUUUAUUUUGUAAUAAAGUAUUUGGAAAGUCAGUUAAACAUACCAUGAAAAAUCCAUGACAGUUUUUAUUCUUUCUGAAACUUGUUCCCUCCACUGAUACUCUAUGCAAAAUGUAUGUACCUUCAUAUGAAUGUCGCAUGUACAAUACCUUAUCAUCCUAGAGGGUACAAGCAAUCACCUGUAAGAUACUGUAAUAUCACCGUACAGGCACUUCUACUGCUGUCUUGUUAUGGUUAUUUCAAUACCUCAUAUUUGGUAAGAUAUUUUUAUUUUUAUCUAGUAUGAUACAAAAAAAACAAACUAUGAACAAUUUAGCAUUUUUCACUCAAGUACUCAAUAUAUAUCAUAACAGUUAAAUGUCAAAUAUGUAAUUUAUAUAUCUUGCAUUUAUUGCAAGUCUCGCUUAAUAAAAAUGCAGCAUUA